UUUGGUUUGUGAAUUGUGAAAGAAAGAAGAAAAAGGAAGGAAUGGGUGGAGCUCAAGCUAUGAAGAGAAUCCCUCGCAUCAAGUUCCCACAGAGACAUCCCAAACCCUCUGCCUCCGCUGGCUCUGCACCUGAGACGACCGAUGCCAAAUUACCAUUCUUCUCGAGUUCAAAAGCCUCGACAUCACUGGGAGGGAAGGCCUCUCUUCAACCCAAAAGGACUCCUGUGUCCAAAGAGGAGAUUGAGGCAAUUUUGUUGGGCGGCUGCAUCUAAUCGACUGUGUUGGAGAGCAGACUAUAUUUUGCACUCAUUUUCUGUAGCUCUAAGUCAUCAUAAAUUCAUCAUCAACACUUAAUGGUUCUUUUUUAGUUGCCUGGUGUUCGCACGAAACAAAAUACUGAUUUUAAUUGUCAAUAAUAAAAAUAUGCAUUGGAUUGAAAUUGUAAACCAUGAUUAAUUUUUCCAUUGAUGGAAUUCGAAUAUAGAUUCUGAA